UACUAAAGUAUAGGCUACUUUUUUUUCACCUGGGUACUCCUCGCCUUUUAUUGCCGUGGAGUAAUUUUGAUAAACUAAAGUAAAUAGGCAUAUUUUUGCUCAUCUGGUUGGUGACACUUACUCUGAAAUGGUUUUAAAUAAAGCUUUUCCCCCGACAACAGCAACUAUGAAAAGUUUAAGAAACUACCAUCACAUUUAACGUUCCUAACCCUAACCCUUCUAAACUAGUUAAAGCUGAGUACCUGCUUACAUUUUCUAGACUGUUGGACUGUCGCCCUAAGAGGCACAUACGGUGAAAAUGCACACAUCAGCAACCAGAGACCAAUCUAAUUACUUAUUUCUGGCAUUACUCCACGUUUGCAGUUUACCAUAAAAGCAUGUUUUGUUUUUUAUUCUUGUCAAAAAGCACAAAAUGCUGCCCAAGUCCCAAAGUAGCCACUGUUGGCCUAGUCCUGGUGCAGCAGUCCUUCCAAACUGGAAUCAGAACCUUUAAGACACAAAGACACUGUGAGCAUAGCUGCUGUUUUUGUGUCACCCUAAGAGGUGCAUAAGGUGAUAAACCAAAUCAGACUCAAGCAAAAUUAACCAUGUAAUUAAAUAGAUAUUUUUUUUAAUUUAGGCAACUAAGGUGGUAUGGAGUUAUGCACACACACAAAAAAAAUUCAAAAGGAAGUUAAUUUUAAACCCACAGAUACUGAAGCUGUGUUCACCAAUUCCCCUUUCUCUUCAAAAAUGACAUUAAUGCAUUUUAUAAAAAGCCAUAAUAAACAAGUUAGAGUAAUAAUUUAAACAUUGAGCUGCGUGUUUGCAAAUUUAAUAACUGUCCUCAAAAAUCAUUUGUGGGAAAACGUUUAUGGAGCCAAUAUAAUCCUUUCCGUCACAGCUUCCUAUGAAACUAUCUGGUUUUAACCCUCUUUUUUUUAUUUUUUUUUUCUUAAAGAGUAUUCCUCAAUCCAAAAAGAUCGUCGCUGUGUUGCACAAAGUGGAUCCACUGAUCUAAAGUGCUUUCUCCGAUUUUAAGUGAAUGCAUCCCAUCUGAGCGGGUCCUCAUCUGACCCACUGAGAACCCGCCAGGCCUCAGCUUUUUCUGGGCUGUGCUUGCAUGCAGGCUGGAUCGUUUGACUGUAUCCGAUUUCUUGGUGCGGCCGUUCCCCUUUAAGCCUCCGCUCGGUCCUUGAAGAGCCAGCCUAUUGUCUGAGAGUCCUCCCAUCUGUGGGGGUGGCUCUGCAAAAGUUUGCCAAGGGGAAAAAAAGGAAAAAAAAAAAAAAAGAAAAGUUUUCAAGCUGUCACUGGCAGUCGGGAGGAGACUGAUGGAGGACAGGAGGAAGAACCAAGGACCGCUCAAUAAAGUGUCAAAGCCGACUUUACAAAAGUUACAGAGUUGGAGGCGGAAUGCAUCUAAAACAAGCAGCGGACGCAAACGAUGAUCAGGCCCAUGUUGGAGAUCUUUAUUAGGACUGUGACGGCUGAAGCGCAUGGUCCAAGUGACGCCGAACGCGCAUCUAACUCAUAUGGACUCCAUCUGAAUUGAGCGCCGUGCAGCUUUAUAGGAAGGCAUUAGAUGUUUCUGACACGCAGGUCCCCGUCCUGACAAAAUGAACCGUUCGGAGUUGGGGCUCCACGCUGCUGGACAAAGAGCGUCUCCCAUUCAAGUCCUCGUCGCGCUUCUUUUGGCGCUGGAGAUCUGCAAAGCCAUCGGAUCCCCUCACGAACCAGAGAGAUUUCUGCAUGACCUGCCUCCGUAUGAAGUGGUUCACCCCACCAGAGUCGAUGCCAGAGGCCACUUCCUGUCAAACAUCCUGUCUCACCAUGCCCGCCGCGUACAGCGCCGGGAAACCUCCGAGGAGAGAGCCGACGGCGGUCGAGUCUUCUAUCAGUUUCUGCACGGCGGCCACAGCUUGCACUUUAACCUCACCCUUAACCCAAACCUGCUGGCUCCGGGGUUCACCACAGAGAGGAGGUACGGUGGCCUGGAAGGGGCCAAGAUCCAUCGGCCCGGAGUCCCCAGGUGUCAUUAUCUAGGCGAGGUGUGGGACGGGACCUCCGUGAAGGGGAGUGCUGCGAUAAGUACAUGCAAUGGACUGACCGGGCUGUUUAAGUUGUCUGACGAGGAGUUUUUCAUUCAGCCCCUGGAGAAGUCCAGCGCUGAGACCUCAGCACCUCAGGCCCACGCCAUCUACAAACGCCACGCGUCUCCUCCUGUCCACCGUCCAGUCAUCCAGCCCGUCUCAGGGAAACCGGGCCUCAAUGGCACCUGUGGAAACCAAAAUACCCUCCAGAGUUUUGAGGACAUCGAGAGGCAGCGGGAGCGGUGGGAACGACGCCAUGACAAGCGGAGGCGCAGAAUUCAUCAGCGCUCUGUAAGCAGAGAGAAGUGGGUGGAGACUUUAGUGGUGGCUGAUCCCAAAAUGGUGGACCAUCACGGGAGCAAAGCUGUGGAGGACUACGUCCUCGCCGUCAUGAACAUUGUGGCGGGUCUCUUCAGAGAUGCGAGUAUUGGGAAUGCAAUCAAUGUUGCGGUUGUUCGUCUCAUCCUUCUGGAGCAGGAUGAGGAUGAUCUAAAGAUUACACACCAUGCCGACAACAGCUUGAACAGCUUCUGCAAAUGGCAGAAGAAACUCAACAUGAAAGGAGACGAACACCCGCUGCACCAUGACGUAGCUGUUCUGCUCACCAGGAAGGACAUAUGUGCAGCCAUCAACAUGCCAUGUGAGACCCUGGGACUGUCUCAUGUGGCGGGAAUGUGUCAGCCUCAUCGCAGCUGCAGCAUUAGCGAAGACACGGGCCUCCCCAUGGCCUUCACUGUGGCACACGAGCUGGGACACAACUUUGGGAUUCAGCAUGAUGGCAACGGUAAUGACUGUGAACCCAUUGGGAAACGACCUUUCGUCAUGUCUCCACAGCUCCUGUACGGCACCUUCCUGCCCCGGUGGUCCCGCUGCAGCCGUCGGUAUAUCACCCGCUUCCUAGAUCGCGGCUGGGGUUGGUGCCUUGAUGAUGCCCCGGUGAAGGACAGGCUGUCUCUGACGUUGAUGCUUCCCGGAGUGCUGUACAGCGCGGCCCAUCAGUGUCGCCUGCAGUACGGAUCCGGCUCUCGCCUCUGCGAUGACAUGGAUGAUGUGUGCAGCACUCUGUGGUGCACCGUCGGAACGACCUGCCACUCAAAGCUGGAUGGCGCCGUGGAUGGAACGAGCUGCGGUGAGGACAAGUGGUGCAUCAACGGGGAGUGCGUCCCGGCAGGCCUCGGGCCAGAGAGCGUUCACGGAGGCUGGGCUUCAUGGAGCGAGUGGUCGGCUUGUUCCAGGACGUGUGGAGCCGGUGUCCAGAGUGCAGAGAGAGACUGUGACAAUCCUGUUCCAAAACACAGAGGGAGGUACUGUCUGGGAGAGCGGCGGCGGUACAGGCUGUGUAACACCACACCGUGUCAAGCUGACUGGCCUUCCUUCAGAAACAUUCAGUGCACUCACUUCAACACUCUGCCCUACAAGGGCAACUUCUAUAAGUGGGAGGCAGUUAUCAACAAAGUUAGCCCCUGUGAGCUUCACUGCCGUCCCCUCAAUGAAAACUUCUCAGAGAAAAUGCGAGACGCCGUCGCUGACGGGACUCCGUGUUACGAAGGCAACAAAAGUAGAGACAUGUGCAUCAACGGCAUUUGUCAGAGCAUCGGCUGCGAUUAUGUGAUUAACUCCAGCUCUGUCGAGGAUCGCUGCGGCGUCUGCAACGGCAACGGCUCCACCUGCACAACCGUCAGGAGAACGUUUGAAGAGAGGGAAGGUUUUGGCUAUGUAGACAUUGGACUGAUCCCUGAGGGAGCCUGGGACAUCCUAAUCGAAGAGGUAACUGAAGCCGGAAACUUCCUGGCACUACGGAGUGACAACCCCGGCAAGUAUUUUCUGAACGGAGGCUGGACGAUCCAGUGGAACGGGGAAUACAAGGCGGCGGGAGCCGUGUUCACCUACGAGAGGACGGGACAGCUGGAGAACCUGACGUCUCCUGGGCCCACGAUGGAGCCGCUGUGGAUUCAGCUUCUGUUUCAGGAGACCAAUCCAGGCGUGCGAUACGAGUACACAGUCAGUCAGACUGUUUCGGAGGGUGACGACAGUCCAGGGCGUGUUUACUUCUGGAAAUCCGGAUCGUGGACCGAGUGCAGCGUUACCUGUGGAAGAGGUGUGCAGAGGCAGAUUGUUUACUGUGUGGAGAAGACGACUGGGAUAGCCGAGGAGCAUCUCUGUGAUCCGUCCACUCGGCCCGAUGACAACCGAACCAGCUGUUCCAGAGAUCCGUGCCCUGCCAUAUGGUGGGUUGGAGAUUGGCAUAAGUGCUCAGCGAGCUGUGGCAGCCUGGGCCAGGCUAAAAGGACCGUUCUCUGUGUCCAAGCUGUCAGUGCGGAGGAGCGGGAAGCUCUGGAUCCCAGCGACUGCAAGCACAUCCCCAAACCUGAGUCCACGUCCCCCUGCAACACACACGUCCCCUGCCCUGCCGACUGGAACGCUGGCAGCUGGUCAAAGUGCUCGGUCUCCUGUGGUCCUGGACUGCGCCACCGCAAUGUCACCUGCUCAAGAAACACGGCGGCUGAUUGCAAUCCUCUGAACAAACCGUCAUCCAUCACGAGCUGCCAGGUUCAAGACUGUCUCCAGGUUCUGGGCAAUUUUGGAGACAUCGAAUGGUCCGGCAGCGGCUGGUCGAGCAAGGAGGUGCUCAACGAGAUAAACGCCAUACCUGAAGCUAAGCCUCCUCCAAAGCACAGCGCCACCAGAGGUCAGCCAAGGAGUCAGAACGACCAUAAGUACGCGGUAGAGGACGAUUUUCACUACCACAACAACAUCGAGAAUAACCACCUCAUUGACGACGACGAGCCCUCUCACGAAACCAGUGUUCAUUUUGAUGAUUUCUACUACGAUUAUAACUUCAUCAACUUCCAUGAAGACUUAUCGAAUGAACUUGGGCGCUUUGGGGAGGAGUCAGAGGACAGCUCUCCACAUGGAGCCGAUCCAACCCACAGCAAGAAAGCAAACGCUUGGACAGACCUUCCAAAAGCUCCCAAGGCUACUACACCAGCUGCGACAAUCACGGAGCUCCACCUCUCGCACACCCGAGAGCCACAAAGCACAAAAACAGACGACACGCAGGCGACGUCUGAGGAAGCAAAUCAAGACGAAAUAAAUGACUUCUUGUACGAAGAUCACCUCCUUCCAGUGUCUGCCACCCGACCGUCGCCGCCCUCCAGGAACUUGCAUUCACGAACGGGAAAAAAAGGCAAAAGCCAGUGGCCCGGAGUCGCCGGCACAAUGCAGAGUCUGGUUUUCAGCACAAAGCAACCUGCGGAGGAUGAAACAUGGGGUCAAUCUGGAAAGGAGGUGGAAAAUAACGACACCAAUUUCAGCAAAGAGGAAAAUCACUUUAACCGUCUCGCUGUGACUCCAACACACAGCGCUCCUGCUGCCAGACAUCAAACCACUGCUGUUGCUGCAAAAUCAAACGCUCCAGAGGAGGCCGAGUUGUACAUCACUGCAGAUAAAAACGUAGAGCAUUCAGAACCUUUAGGCUUUCCGUUGCCAGAGAAGGGAACUCGUGCUGUGACUGAACCAGACAGUAAUGUAUCAGAAAUACCUCAAACAACCAGUCAGGACACAGAUACACCAGGUGCUUUCACAAUAAAGGACCGGAUGCUGAAUCAGAAUAAUGUUGCCACGAGUGAUAAUGACUGGUGGGACCAGCUGGGCACACUCUCACCUCUUCCCUCUCAUGAACCCUUUCCUCCUGCCAUUCCUCUCCUUGUAAUCUCAGGUAAACAGGGCACAUCUGACGACUCCACAUCUGUAACUGAAACAGAAGUCGGGUCGGAUAGAAAUCUUCAGGGAGCUACAAAUAUUCCUCCAGAUGUAAAACAGAUACCUCCGUACACCAAGACAACUGGAACAGACCCCACAUUCCAGACUCCUUCAUUUCGUUUGUCCGAUUUUGACUACAAUGAAAUAUCCGUUCCCUCGGUGAUGCAGGGCCACGGCAACGGUCAUCCUGACCCCUCGUACCCGUCGAUGACCACAUCGGCCGUUCCUGAAUUCAGCUCAGCUCCUCCGCAGCGCACAAAAUCCGCUACACCCAGACCACUGUCAACCCAUCCGCCGGGCCUGUGGCUGCAUCCAGUCCAAACGUCAGCCUCCCCAGACGCAGGGCCCGCCUUCUGGGUUACCGGUAACUGGAGCACUUGCUCCACCAGCUGCGGUCUGGGUGCCGUCUGGAGGACCUUGGUUUGCAGUACGGGCUCAGAAUCGGACUGCGAUCAGACCAAGAGGCCUGCGCCUGCCCGACAGUGCUACCUGAGGCCGUGCUCCACGUGGAAGGUCGGGGAGUGGAGUAAGUGCACCAAGAACUGUGAAGGCGGAAUGAGAUUCAGAGAGGUCCAGUGUUUUGACCUGAGAGACCAGAGACCUCUGCGACCUUUCCACUGCCGGGCCAUGUUCACCAGGCCGUUGACACAAAUGCCCUGCAACGUUCAGACAUGCCUUGACUGGUACACUUCCUCCUGGGGCCAGUGCUCUGAGGUAUGUGGAGGCGGUGAGCAGCAGCGCAUUGUCACCUGUCCAGAGGAUGAUCGAUGCGACCAAGACCUUCAGCCAAGCGCUAUUCAGUCCUGCAAUGGCCAGCCUUGUGCUCAGUGGCUCACUGGAUCGUGGGGACAGUGUUCAGCUUUGUGUGGAGGCGGACUGCAGCAUCGGCUCAUCAAGUGCGUCGACACCAGGACCGAAGCUUCAGAGGAGGUGGAUCAGAUUCAGUGUGAUCACAAGCUUAAGCCCAACAGCACCAAAACGUGCAGCAUCCGGGAUUGCAAGACUGAUCCCUCUGGUGAGAGCGGUUUGUCUUCGCGACCGUCUUGCAUCUCGCAUCUGUCACACUCUGCGCUCGCUCAGCCGCUGCCACCAGCCAAACAUGCAGGCAAGCUGCUGCAAGACGUGCAGUCAGGACCCCGGCGUCAGCGGCGUGCUUCUCCACUAAGGCCCCGCUCUCCUGGCGUCGCUUCAACCACAGGGUAAUAAACCACGGGCCUCUACAGGGAGCCAACCAUCGGGACCUCUGCUAACCAUUAACAAUCAAGUCACUGACAGACGACAGAGUUCACCUGGAGCUGGUGCGAAGGACAGAAUUGCAACAAACCAAGAGCUGAAAUAUUUGUUUGCACUUUGUGCGUCCCGCGUUUUGACGACAUCUGUGUAGCAGGUUGGAGUGUUUUACAGAAGACGAGAUUCUUUCGUCCUACCCAGUUACAACGCAUUAACACACUUAGACAAACCACUAAUCUUUUCUGUUUUAGUGCGUGCUUUUAUUUUGAUGACUGCAGCAGAGUCUUAAAACAUGCAGCUCAGUGGCUUUUAAUAUGUGGUACAUGUGUUGGGAAGCAGAACAUAUGGUGCAUAGCUGAUCAUUUGUCAUUUCAUUGAGUCCUGUGCUUUUAGUCCGCUGCAUUUCUGUUAUGCACUAAUCUUCUUUUGCAUUAUGGGUCUCAAACUGUACCUGGUCGAAAAAGGGAGCCUUUCAACAUCAUGUGUCGGGUCAAAACUGUGAGGGCUUCCUGAAGCUUUCCAAAGAUUGUUACGUAUUUGUGAAAAACAUUUUCAAAGGUUUUGCUAUAUGAUUUAAAGUGCGGACACAAAGCACCUGAGAGAAACUGUGUUAUUACCUGUAUGAAGCAUGUCCUACCAGGUAAAGCUUAAGUGUAAAGCCUGGUACACACGGCAACAAGUUAAAAUGCACGAGUCUCAGUCUUCAAAACCCGAGAGUCCCCAAAGGACAUUGAAAAAUCACAGCUGCAUCAGGUUUGGUUAUACAGCAUGUGGUGUUCAGCCACACAGCAAAGACGAUGAAGAAAUUUCACUCAUGAAAUCUCUCAAAACCUCUCGAGAGUUCGGAGUAAACAAACAUGGCCGACGAGGAGUAAUUAACGGGACAUGUUCAUAAAAACAUGACAGACAUACAUGGUACUUACUAUGGACGUCUGGUGGCAGAGGUCUGGUUUUCUGUAUUUUGAAUUAUCCUCCAUCUUUGAUUGAUUUAUUAAUCCCAGAUGGAUGAUUAGCAAGGCAGUGAUAAAUCAGAGGAUUAUCUUCAGAGCCAUCGUAAUAUUUGGAAUAUCCUUAAGAUUGCCGAGUCGGAUCAAAAAUUGUCAUAAUUAUCUUGACAUGUGAACCCUUGAAUUCACAAUGUGUUCCUGUGUCAGACUGAAGUUUUUAAUUAGAUCAACAAAUUCUUUCUAGACAUGAAGUGAGUAAAAGUCAAAGUUCUACACUCAAAAGGCCUCCACCUCCAGAACCGUUGGCAGAAACCAGGGAUUUUUUUCUGCUUUCUUAGGCUGCGUUUGAGAAAGUCUACAAACGUUUUCAGGUUAGCAGAGACUAUAAUUCAGUUUUACAGUUAAACACUGAUAAAUGGUCACGAGGUUUAUGUCCAGAAAACCAGGUUUUAAUUCCGACUGCACCCAAUAGAACAAAACCUGCAGAGAUGCCUUUAUUGAAAGUUGUAACUAGAGCCGAUUUUAAAAGUUUGUAGUAACGUUUCAUGAGCUACAAAGCACAGCUGUUGUGUCAGAAUCAUUGGUUAUAGGUUUUAUUGGCUAAAAUCACGGUUUGUACUUUUCCAAUGGUAAGUUCCUCAAUCGUUGAGCGAGAGUUUGCUAGAAACGCUGGCGGUGAAAGUCGGUGCUUCUUAUCUUCAGCAGACCUGGUUUGGAGCCGACAGUGGAAAAAAAUCCUCAGAUGUUUUAUAGUCUGGAUAAAAAACAAAUGUUCUGGGCUUAUUGUCGUCAUGUAUUGAUUAACCAGCUGGUAUCCACUAAUGAAGAGGGUUUUGUUUUUUAUACCAUAGUUAAAAACACUUUUGUAUUUCCAUGUUUGCACUCAUUCAGAACCAAACAUUUUAAGCUCUCAGUAAAACGGCUGUAACUCAUGUAUCUUUACGUUUCUGCCUUGGAACGACCCGACGUCACCAGAACAUGACAGAACCUCCAAACGCCUUCAUGUGAAAAUCUCAGGCAUUUGGAAAGCUUCAACAGAGGCUGAGCAGUUUGCCCCGACACAUUGAGUUUUACGUGGCUUGUUAAUUAACAGAACCUCCACCAAAGCGUCGGCGAGCACCAUUAAAAAUAUAAUUUCCAGACUGCAUUCAAAGGACAAAUAUAGCCGUUGGGGCUGAUAAAUGAAGCUGCAGUGGAAGUUUUUCAGACAUUUAUUGAACAUAUUGAACAGAAGCUGAAAGCGGCCUCAGUCCUCGUUUAUUUAGUAUCUCAGGAGCAUUGAACUAACAAUUCAGCUGGAUCACUAUUUGUAUGUUCUUUUUUAUCUAUUCAUUAUCAGAUUUGCCUUAAAAAUAAAUUCUCCUGUUUGAUCUAAAUGAAUUUUUAACUCCCGUAGUUGGCUCAAGUCUCAGGAUCAAUUCAGGCAAUCUUCAAGUUGGAUCAACUCUGAAAGACACACUGGUCUUCAGGAUUUAUAUUGGCAUGCUGUGUUUGAAGCUUUUCAAAAAGCAAAUAUAAACAUUAUCAGACCUUUAAAAACACCCCUCUGAGCCGUCAUCCUGAAGAGCUCUUCAUCUGGUCACCAUUUAGUUUUUUUUUUCUUAAGGGUACCAUUGAUCUUAGCAGGAAAGUGAAACCAGCUCCAAAUUAUCUGCUUAAAAUUGACAAGAUUUUAUUACACACAUUUUAUCAGAGAUUUAUUUCAGAAGUACCAGCAGAAUGCAGAUGCAAUGCGGUCAUGAAAUCUAUAAAAUAAAUUACAAACGCCACCAAACGACUGCGUUUUGGCACCGAGUAACCAACCAAAAUGUGUCCAGUGCUGAAAUCUAAAAAAAAUAAGAUCAAGUGCAGGUUUUAUUUUCUGUUGUUAAAAAGCAGGAAUCUAGGAAGUGUAGCAAUCCCACCAUCAACACCAUGACAGCAGAAUAUAUAACGUGGUUAAGAGAAGGAGAGUUUAUCCGCUUUUGAUAUGCAGCUUUUGCCAACAGUCAGCUCAGUAAUCUGCAUAAAUUAGGACAGAACAAUAAUGGCACAAAGCUGGAACAUAAGAGGUUAUAUUAGCAGGAAAGAUGAGCUCAUUGUUUCCAAUCUUUUUUUGUUUAGUUUUAUGAUCCCGGGCCUCAUCGUUAAACUUGUUCUGCUCACCACUUAAAGCUGCACAGUUGCAGUUCUGAAUUCAGGACUGUUUUGCAGGACUGGUGUCACAAAGACUCUUUGUAACUCAUGUUAAUACAGUAUUUAAGAGCUGUCACAACCAUUUAAUUUUUCAAGAAAAAGUAAACAUUUUUGAUGAGAUGCCAACAUUCGUUUGCAUUAGUAAGACGUGAUUUGUGUGAAUAAACCGUCUGCCUGCGCUACGAUCUGCAGAAACUCAGAAUGCCACAAAGGAAGAGAGUAACUCUUCCUGAAAAGAUGCUCAGAAUGAUGAACUGAUUUAGCUUUAAGGUUCCUGUUUUCCAACAGCAUUCUUAGGGGGAAAAAAAUCUGCUUUAGCUCCAGCUCUAGUCCAAAGCUCCCAGCUUCGGUGCAGAUAACCUCUAAAGAAGCCAGAGAAACGCUGGAGCCGACACUCGGAGGUAACCAGGUAGCUCCGCACUCAAAGGAACAUCUGCUCUGGCUUCAUCUCUGAAGCUCAGUGGUUUUGUCCAGUUUUUUUUAUAUAUAUAUAUGCAGCCUUUGAAGCAGAAGCUAAUGCCCACGUUCAAAACGCCCCAAUUCUUUAUUUUUAUAUCAUGCUCUGGCUUUUUUCAGAGCCCUUGCCAUGCUGCGCGUUCCUGACACUGCUGUCUCUGUUAUGUUUUUCUCAGUUUGGUUGAACAGCAGUUGGUUGUAAAGAUGUAACAGAGCAGUCACAGACUAGAGGUGGGCUUUAUCAACGCUUCAGCUUGUUAAAUGUCUGCAGCAGCUUGUAAAAAAAAAAAAAAAAAAAGGCUACAUGAAAUAGUCUAAGAGGUUACAGUUGUUUCCCUUUGGUUUUACCACACAGGUUUGUGUUUUUUUUUUUUAACUGUCAGAAAACUGUCAGUAAAUGUUUAAGAAAACAGAAGCUGCAGAUUAUUUGGUGCUAGGAGCUGCACAGGCUCCACUUGUUCAGGUGCCAGUUUCAGGUAUUGGCGGGCCCAGUGCCGUCUCAACUUGAGUAGUGAACCAUUUGGUGUUUCUAAUCCUGGUUAAGCUCUCAGUUUGAAGUAAAUGCAGUGUGUUAGAGUAUUGCUUGUUUUUAAAUGAUUGUCAAAUGUCUCAAAA